AUCAGCGCCCGCGACCCGGCGCCUGCCUGACCCGAGUCACGUGUCAGCCAAAGAUGGCUGCGUUCAGGCUAGUUGAGCAAAGGUUGUCGUGAACCCCAGCGUGCCGAGGAGGGUUGUGAGCAGAGCAUAAGGCUCAAGAUGAAAAAUCAUGAACCAGAUGAUACUGUCAAGGAAGACUUAAUUUUCAAUAUCAUAACCAGAAAAAUUAACCACCUCCCAGAAGCAGAAAGGAAUCUAUUUGAACAUGGAUCAGUUUAUAUCGGACUUAAUGCUGCUCUCUGUGGUCUAAUAGCAAAUAGUCUUUUUCGACGCAUCUUAAACGUGACACAGGCUCGUAUAGCUGCUGGCUUACCAAUGGCAGUGAUCCCAUUUUUGACUGCGCAUGCAUCUUACAAAGGUUUUGUAAAUCUACCUUUGAAUACAGGUGAUUUGAAUUGUGAAACCUGUACCAUAACACGGGGUGGACUGGUUGGUCUUGUUUUUGGUGGUCUGUACCCUGUUUUCUUGGCUAUACCUGUGAAUGGUGGCCUAGCAGCCAGGUAUGAGUCAGCCUUGCUACCAGAAAAAGGAAACAUCUUAACUUACUGGACUAGAAUUUCUAAGCCUGUCUUUAGAAAGAUGUUAUUUCCCAUUUUGCUCCAGACCAUGUUUGCAGCAUACCUUGGAUCUAGACAAUAUAAAUUAGUUAUAAAGGCUCUUCAGUUACCUGAACCUGGCCUAGAAAUUCAGUGAUUGUUAAACAACUUUGUACACAAAAAUAAAACUGUAAUGUAUGAAUAAA